AAGAAGAAUAAGGUUAUUCCGAAGGGUAAAGCCACAAAGAAGUCACAGAUCAAGAAAGAUGAACUGGAGCCUACACGGAAACACCACCAAGAGGAGGGCUUUGACAGCUUGGGUGAGAGCCUACCAGUGGAAGUGUUAGUUAAUAUUUUCAAGAUGGUAGUUCACCAAUAUGGUGCCAUUCCUGUGCAGCUAAUGCAAUGUUUCAUGUAGCCCUUCUCAUGUUGCAUUUCAUCGGUGCUUCUGUCUUUCUUAAAAUGGAGAUUCUAGUCAUAGAACUUAGAUUAAAUAAACAAUCCUGAUCAAUGCAAGCAAUGAACAUGGAAACUAUCAGAGCUAACUGAUAUUGUAUUUGUAAUAAAACUAUUUAAACAUUGUAUUUUACUCUCUGUUCACUGCUUUAGGGUGUCUAGGGUGUGCCACCUAUAGAAUGCUGCUGCAGCCAGUCCAGCUCUGUGGAGCAGUGUGUCCGUGGAUUACUGUUGGUUGAAACCUGGUAAAACUCAGUUACCUAUAACGGAAUUUAAGAUCAGGAACAGUGUAAGCUGGCUUGCACAGAACAGGUCAGUACUAUUUAGUACAUUUUUAAACAGAAUAACAUAGUUUCAGACACUGGGAAACUCUGUAUGUAGACCUACUAAGUAACAUGUGGAUUGGAUAGGCUAGUUCUGGGGUUUCACAAACACUGAUUAAGCCAAGUCAUGGACUAAAAAGCACUUUCAGUCCAGGGCUUAAUUUGUGUCCAGGAAAUAGACCGACCCAUAGAGUAAUUGUAUUCUAGGCCCUAAAAACAAUUUAGUAAUUGAAAAACGAACAUUAACUGACUAUUAACUAUGCCUCUAUAAAUAAGUAACAAUGGUACUUUUCUGUUAUUUUGUUUAGAAGAUUCUCCCAACUAAGAGACUUCUCUUAAUCACUGGAAAAAUAAUGUUGAUCAUGUUAUAGAGAUAAGUUAUAAUCUACAGAAUACAAAUGUAACAUUAGUGUUUGUUUUGCCAUUUCCUGCUACCAUUAGCCUAAUGUUUGUUGCCUCAUAUCUGUUCGAAAUUUUUAUUGGAUCCAUGCACUUUACUAAUGUUGAAUGUAGACUAAGAAUAGUUUGACAUAGUUUUCCUUUCUAUCGUUGUUAAUUGUUUGAUAACUUCACACCAUUAGUCUCCCGAGUGGCGCAGUGGUCUAAGGCACUGCAUCGCAGUGCUAGCUGUGCCACUAGAGAUCCUGGUUCGAAUCCAGGCUCUGUCGUAGCCGGCCGCGACCGGGAGACCCAUGGGGCGGCGCACAAUUGGCCCAGGGUAGGGGAGGGAAUGGCCGGCAGGGGAUGUAGCUCAGUUGGUAGAGCAUGGCGUUUGCAACGCCAGGGUUGUGGGUUCGAUAAAAUAAUGUAUGUGCUAACUGUAAGUCGCUCUGGAUAAGAGCGUCUGCUAAAUGACUAAAAUGAAAGUCAACAUGAAAUUAGCAGAAGUUAUUAUUUCCUGUUGAAGUCUGAUUGCAUUUCAGGUUUUCUUUAUCAGAAACAUCCCACUGUUUAAUUAACAGAUUGUGCCCCAGUCCUGCCUUCAUCCUCGCUCACUCAAGCUGCCAUACUGUACAGGCGUGACGGAGAAGGCCUUUCAGAGCCUUAGUGGCAGCUGUCGGUAA